AUGGAGAAAGGGAAAGGGAAAGAGCAUGCAUCUCCUAUAACGCCUCUUGCCACUAAUCCAUCAAUUAAUUCAUCAACUCAGGUGAUACCAAUAUCAUUUUAUCCAGAUUUCUCAAGUUAUAUGCAUGGGGGCCAUGCACCAAUGCCACAUGCUCUGUUACCACCUUUCUUACCUUGUCCUAAUGCCAACCCAUCGUCAUGGACUUGUCAGUCAUCAGCUCCCCCCUCUUUGAUUGGUAUUCCAUCUGCAAGCUCCAGCCGUGUUGAAGAAAUUCAAGAGCCCACACCUGACUCGAGGGAGGUUGAAAUCUUCUCUACAUCCUCUGAAUCCGAAGAUAACAAUGAGGCCGAGAUAGAAAAUAUAGUGCAUAAUGAGGGGGCCGAUAUCAUUGAGGAGCCGAAGGUGGGGAUGGUCUUCAAAUCUCAAGACGAGUUAGUGGCAUAUUAUAAAGGUUAUGGGAAACAAUGCGGUUUUGGGAUAAUGACUCAAAGGAGUCAUAGGUUUGAGGAUGGGAGCCUCAGAUAUAUCAUGCUUUGUUGUUCUCGUGGUGGGAAGGCACGGAACCGUAUGACAAAUGUUGCGAGGCCACGUCCGACGUCAAAGACUGACUGUAAGGCAAAGAUAAAUGUUACGUUCAUGGAUGGAGUGUUCAAGUUGUUGAGUGUUCACAAUUCCCACAAUCACGCCGUAAGUCCACAGAAGUCGAGAUUCUUUCGCUGUAAUAGAGAAGUGAGCGAGUCUGUUAAGAGAGUAUUAGAUACAAAUGAUCAAGCUGGCAUUAGACUAAACAAGAGUUUUGCAGCACUUGUGCAAGAAGCAGGUGGGUUUGAGAACUUGCCUUUCAGUGAGAAAGAUUGCAGAAAUUAUAUUGAUAAGGCACGCCACCUUCGACUUGGGAAAGGUGGCGCUGAAGCCCUUCGUCAGUAUUUUGCUAGGAUGCAGCACAAAAAUGAUGGAUUCUUUUCAGACAUCGACCAUGAUGAUGAUGGAAGGUUGAAGAAUGUCUUCUGGGCAGAUGCACGGAGUAGGGUAGCCUAUAAAUAUUGGGGUGAUGUUGUGACAUUUGACACCACAUACCUGACAAAUAGAUAUUGUUUGUGGCAUAUUCUAAAAAAAGUACCUGAGAAACUUGGUUCCCAUCAUGCAUACAAAACUGGGUUGAAAACUAGUUUGAUGAAGUGUGUGUAUGACUCUCAAACCAUAGAGGAGUUUGAAAAUAGUUGGAAUGUGUUAAUUACCACUCACAAUUUGCAAGAAAAUGCUUGGUUGCAUAGUUUAUAUGAUGAGCGUGAGUUUUGGGUACCAAUAUUCUUGAAAGAAAUCUUUUGGGCUGGGAUGAGUACAACACAACGAAGCGAGAGCAUGAAUGCUUUCUUUGAUGGCUACGUACACUCAAGGACAAACUUAAAAGAGUUUGUCGAUCAAUUUGAUAAUGCAUUGCGAAAGAAGAUUGAAAAUGAAAAUGGGGCGGACUUCCAUUCAUUCCACGUCACAAUUCCCGUCGUCUCGAUCUCUCCACUUGAAAAGAUAUGUCAGAACAUAUACACUAAUGCUAAAUUUAGAGAAGUUCAAAAAGAGAUAAUCGGGAUGGUUGGUGUUCUUCCAAGUUGA